UAGGUAAAGAAACAGCUUUAACACCUUCGGCCUUCAACCCACCCAAUCUCGGGGUUUUCAUAUCACGACGCAUUGCAUCAUACCUUCGCGCGCUUGUUGGUCUGCAGUCCUCUGCUCUCGCCAACGGCACCUAGACACCCCCUCACCCCCGUCAGCGCGCCUCUUGCGCGUUCGAACCGGCCGCUAAUGGUCGGGCCAUCACAUCCUCAGGCCCGAGAGCCGUUGCCUGACCUCAACGACAACUUCUUCACCCAGCCGACUCCGAUAAUUAGUCACGCGCCAAUGCCCUCAGCCCCGAACCCGGCGCGUCAGCCCCUCCAGAAGGCGGAUCCGAACGUGGUUCUCAACCCCCCCACUGCUGCCGGCGUGAACCCGCCGUCGCCGUUCAAGCCGAACGCGCCGCCAUCUCAUCAAUCACUUGCCCCACCCAACGCCUCGCAGGGCCGCACCCUCACCAUGGUCCCGAUGCUGCCGCCCAGCAAUGCGCCAGCAUGCACAGAUUCCCCCGAGAAAAGGAACCCCGUCAUGUCCCGGUUUAAAACUGUCGCCCAGAAGCCCCAGGUAGAGUUUAGCACGCAGUUCACGGGCAAGGAAAACGCCCUCCAACCUCUCUACCCGGCUCCGGCUCAGUCCCAAUUCGACCUAAACAUGGAGAACUACUUUCAGAAGCCUUCCGGGAAGCGUGUUUUGAUGGAGGCCGCGCCAAUCAAGGAACUCCGGCCGGCGAAGAAGCAGAAAAUUGAGGAGCCUCUUCCCGCACAUGACUCGUUCCCGCCAAUCGUCGAUGACGGGACGAAACCGAACCAUAGCUAUGCUACCUUGAUCGCCAUGGCAAUCAUCCGGUCGCCUCAGAGAAAGCUGACUCUGUCGCAAAUCUACAAGUGGAUUUCCGACACGUACUCGUACUACCGUGGGGAUAACACGGGAUGGCAGAACAGCAUCCGGCACAACCUCAGUCUCAACAAAAGUUUCGUCAAGCAGGAGCGCUCCAAGGAUGAUCCGGGCAAGGGGAAUUAUUGGAUGAUUGAGCGGGGAGCGGAGCAUACGGUGCUCAAGGAGAAGCCGUCGAGGAAAGCUGCAGCACCCACCGCCGAGAAUAUGCCCGUCAUGUCGACUCGCCUCGAGCCGCCGCUACCUCAACAACAGCUACAGCCGCAGCUACAGCCGCAGCUCCAGCCGCCUCGCAUGCCUGAGCCCAUGUUACCUCCACAGCUUGCAGUACCCCAGAGCAUCCUUCCUGCGCUACCCCAAGCGUCUUCCCAACAAUUCGCCCCUGCGCUUGCUCCUGCGCCCCCGCUCCCCCAGAUCACGUCUGACGCCACGAUUCCCGCUUCUGACCCCGCCACCAUCGAAGAGGGCGUUGACGAUGCUGUUGAGAAAGGUCUGCUGCACGAAUCGGAGCUGUAUUCGCCUCUUGCGGCCGCCAUGCACUCGUCGCCUCCCAUUCCUCGGAGCCUGAGCGCUCGUCAUAGCGGCACCCCGCCUUCUCAGCCGCGGAUGCAUCCAUCGUCGGCCAGCAAAUCCCGCCACAGGCGAAGAACCAUGCCGAUGGACGACAGCGGUUAUAUUUCGUCUCUUGAGUCCUCAGCCAUGCGUCCGCACCAGCACACCAAGGUCCUCACCUCCGACCCAGAUCGACCAAGGAUCAAGAGGGGACGAGCCGAGGAAGAAAUUGCUCGUCUUCGCGCUUCCUUGUAUGAAAGCCCUUCCAAGGGGCGCUCAUACGGGUACGUCCCCCCCUCUUCGUCACCAAUACGUCAAGCAUCAGGGCCAGAAGUCGGGCAGAUGCUUCCGCCCUUGACUCCCGCGAUGAAACUGAAAGCACCACCGAAGCCGCCGCCGUCGGUCUCGCCCAGCACGAAUCUGCGCCUGCACCGGCAGAACAUCCAGUCCAUGGUUGAUUCGCCCUUCCGGCGCGUGUCUGCGCUUCUUCCCGAGGGCGACUUCCUGGGACAGCAAACGCCUGCCUUGCACGGAGACCAUCUUUUGGAUUUUCUAGAUCAGUCGAGCCUCAAAACACCUGGUUUCGACAUCUUCGAGGAUGCGCCCGAGUUUCCAAACCUAUUCCCGCUUACGCCAUCCGCUCCUCCCAUGGAUUCUCCGGUCAAGCGAUCGAUUAGGAAGCAGCGCUUUGAGCGGUCACAGUCCACCAGCGCAUUGAGCAAUAUCACCAAUACAACCACCCGCAGCGUCUCCAAGUCUAACUCCUUCCUCAAGGUACCCAACCAGGCGCUCACUUUCCCGCUGGAUACACCAAGCAAGGCCUUCGAGGGCCUGCCCUCCUCGCCGAGCAAGCUCUUUUUGGACCUACAGUCGCCGAGCAAGAUGCCCAUGAUCAACGACGAGAACCUGGACGUGUUCAACGGGGUGUUCCUGGACGGUCUCGACACGACAGGCCUGCUCGGGGAAAACGACUCGCCUGAGUUCGACAUCCUGGCCGGUUUUGAGAAAAUUGGCUCGUGCAAUCCCGCGCAGACGUCGCAGGUUGCUGCCACUAAGGCGCCGCUUGGCCGCUCACAUUCCUCAAAUACUUGCUAGGCUCAAGCUACCACGGGCUGAGCAGCGAUUGCUUUUUAUUUUUCCUUGUCUCCUUUGGGCUUUGUGUCUCCGGGUGGGAUGCUCACGAAAUGUUACGAUGACG